CAUGUCUUAUGAACAAAGGAAUAACCCUUAAAAGCAAUAGCCUGUUGCAUGUUCAUAUAUCUCAUACAUGAUGCAUAAAUUCUGUGCAAAUUAAGAACUUUUCUGUUUUUUGUCAGCUUCUUCCCCUUAAUCCUGGUGGUUCCAUAAAGAUGGAGAGAAGGUGGAAGAAUGUUUGUCUUUUCCGAUAAAGAGGCCGUAACUCUUUAUGUGUCCUUUCGCUGUUUGUGUGAAGAGUUUCUUGAUUAUCUCAUCUCUUUCUUGAGCUAGUUAAAAAGUAUUUUACACAGCAUAGUUUCUAUUUUAACAUUGUGUUACAACCUAGAAAUAUAUUUAACACACUACUUAGGAAAAUUAACACAGCACAACUUUCUAACAUUACACAUACAAUAUUCAUUUUAAUAUUUGCGAAAAGCCAAUGCAUUUUUCACACCAGGGAUCCACCCCCCCGGGAGGGCUGCUCGAGCGGGUUCGUGCGGUGAGAAGCCGGUCGGGCCGCGGGGGUGUGCGGCACAGGGCGGAGGAGCGGCCGAGCCGCAGCGGGGUUCGCUCCCCGAUCCGCCCGCGGGGCACGCUGGGCCGGGCGCGGCGGCGGCAGCGGCCGGGCGGGGGUGCUGCGAGGCUGCGGGGCCGCCGGCGCCAUGCCCGCCGCCGUGGUGGAGUACAAGGGAUGGAAAGAAGGCUACGGCUGCGGCUACUGCGGCGCGGCGCGGGGCAAGGUGUCCGCGGGUAUGUGGGCACAUUCGAUGACAGUUCAAGAUUACCAGGACCUCAUAGACAGAGGAUGGCGAAGAAGUGGAAAAUACGUCUACAAACCUAUCAUGAAUCAAACAUGUUGUCCUCAAUACACAAUAAGGUGCCGGGCUUUGCAUUUUCAGGCCUCCAAGUCCCACAAGAAGGUUCUGAAGAAAAUGUUGAAAUUCAUUUCCAAAGGAGAUGUUCCGAAAGUAGCGAGUGAAGAAGAGCCGAUGGAUUCCCAUAUAGAGGAUGUGGCCACGUGUGAUUUUCCAUGCAAAAGUGAGUCUCAGGUCAGUCAGUCUGACCUGACUCCCUUGGCUGUGGAUCAAGCUGAGAGGGUGGAGAAUGAAGAUAAGGACUCAGGAGAAACAAAAGAAGAGGAGAAUGUGCAGAAGGUGGAAUUGGAUUCUGUUCAGAUCUCUGCAGACAAAGACACCCCAGUCCCUGCAGAGCCAUCACAUUCAGCUAAAGCUGCUCAUGCACCACCCAAGCCAGGGAAAGGGGCUGAUCUGAGCAAGCCUCUGUGUCGGAAAGCAAAGGACAUCAGGAAAGAGAGAAAGCUACAGAAGCUCCUGCAGAACCAGAUGGGCACAGUAGAAGGCUCUCAACAAGGAGAUCAAGCUUUCCUCUUGCAAAACUCUAAAUCUAAAACAAACCAGCCUAAAAACAUCGAAGACUUUGUCUUUGUCCCUCUGCCUGAUGAUGCACGACACAAAUUAGAGGUGAGGGUGGUGAGAUCAUCUCCACCAAGUUCACAGUUCAAAGCCACAUUUCAGGAGUCUUACCAGGUCUAUAAACGUUACCAGAUGGUUAUUCACAAGGACCCACCUGAUAAACCAACCAUAAAUCAGUUCACACGAUUCCUCUGUGAUUCCCCUCUGGAGGCAGAGCAUACCCCAGAUGGACCAGAAUGUGGCUAUGGCUCCUUCCACCAGCAGUACUGGCUGGAUGGGAAGAUAAUUGCUGUUGGUGUCAUUGAUAUCCUGCCCUACUGUGUGUCCUCAGUCUAUCUCUACUACGACCCAGACUUUUCUUUCUUAUCUUUGGGAGUCUACUCUGCAUUACGGGAAAUUGCUUUUACCAGACAGCUUUGUGUAAAAGCUCCUGAUCUCUGUUUUUAUUAUAUGGGUUUCUACAUCCAUUCAUGCCCCAAAAUGAGAUACAAGGGUCAGUACAGGCCCUCUGACCUGCUGUGCCCAGAGACCUACGUGUGGACACCCAUUGAGCAGUGCCUGCCCCUGCUUGAGCACUCCAAGUACUCCCGCUUCAACCAGGAUGGAAAAGCAGUCGAUGAAGGUCGCCUGAAGGAGCUGGGCAGGGUGAGGGUGCUGCACAAGAGAACCGUGAUGCCUUACAGCGUGUACAAGAAGAGGAGGAAGGGGCCCAGUGACGAGGCCAGCGUCCAGCAAUAUGCAAGCCUGGUGGGACAGACCUGUUCAGAGAGAAUGCUGCUGUUCAGGAGCUGAAACCCCACGAGAUGGCAUUUCACUGGCUCUACAUUUCAUUGCACUGCCACUGGGUGAUCUGUACCAUAGUCGUGUGCUGGUGUGCCCACUCAGACAGGCUGGAACAGAUGUAUAGCCAGGCUUGUGUCAAUACAUGGUACUGUGUGCAAAGGCCAACUCCAAUAAAUCUUACAGUACAGCAAGGCUUUAGCAAUAUAAGUUUAGAAAAACACGCUUGCAGUAUAUUUUAAUUAAGUAGUUCUAGCCUUUCUAUGCAUUAUGAAUAAUUCUAAGUAUCUAAGCAAAAUGAAAAACAGGUGUCUUUUUUUUUUCUUUUUGUAAAGAUGAAGGUUGGCUAAAUCUAGAUUAACAAUCAUUUAAGUUACAGAUGUUUUCAAAUAGCACCUUGGAUAUCUGUUGUUAAAAAUUGCUGUGAAAUUUGUGCUCUCAUUUGUAUGCUCCUAAAAUCUUGCAAGAGGACUGAAACGUGCUAUUACUUUCCAGCAUGAUACAAUUUUAUUUUAGCAGUAUGUUAAACCCAGGAAGGAAUUAUUUUCAGUGCACAUUCUUCAUUUGUUUAAAGCAGUAAGUCAGUGUCAGAGGUCCCAGUGAGUGUAGGAGUUCGUGGUAGGUUCUCAGUGGCAGGGGAUGCAGUGCUUUGGAAAACUUUCCCCUUCAGAGAAGAAGCAGAACAGUUGCACUAUAAAUAUACCAAAGAUAAGCAGCCAAGUGGCACAGUGGUUUUUGGUAUAAGCCUUAUCCUUUGUCUAACAAGAGUGGGUAUUUCAAUGCACAUGGCUAAUGUGAAAUAGAGCUCGGGAGGUUCAUCCUGCAGCUCUCAGUGCACAUUUCAGAACUAUGCUAACAAAAAAAAAAAAGACAUAAGGUACCACUGCUGGGUUUUGUUGCAGGUGCUUUUUUUUUCUGUAGAAUUGUACAGGAAGACUUAAAUACCAUAUUCCAGCUUUUUUACUGACUGUUUUGUUUCUGGUGCAGCAGCUCAUGGGUUAACAUCUUUAAUAACAUUUUAGUAAAUACUUGUGUUGGAAACACAGGAAGUUGUAAUCCUUUAUGAAAGCACUUUAUUAUCUCAUAUAUGAACGUUGUCUCUGUCCCCAUUAAGUCAUAUAAGUUGGAGGAAUUUGGGGAAAUAACAGUGUUGUAUAAUUCAGUAAUGUAUUACAACAUUGUAACAUUACCAAUGCAUUUGUGCUUCUUAUCUUCUUGGAUAACAGGGGCUGGUAUUUACCUUGAAUCAACUUGGAGUUUUCCUGUUAGCCUUUGAUCAAAGAUUCUUAUUCAAGGAUAUGUGGGUGGUUUUCCCCCAGAAAGGAAACAAAUUCAGUUUUACCCUCUGAGGGUUACAUCUCCUGUCAUUCACGGAUUUAUUGAUUUAAUUUUAAACACUUGGCCACUAUUAUUAAUCAUUAAUUUUUAUGUGGAGCAGAUGUAAGAACUUGGGGAAUCAAGUGCAAUGCAGGUUUAACUUUGUUUUUCAUAUCUGUUUGAUAUGAAAUUAGUGUAUAUUGCAAUAUUAUUGAUAGUACAGCUUCAAUAGGAACUUUAAAAAGUCAUUUUAUGUUUUAUUAAUUGGGCUGUACAGUAUUGAUCUGCUCCCAGUCUGCAGCAGAAAUGGUCAUUCACGUCAGCAUCAUAUCUGGUGUGUGUUUAUCUGUGGCCUGGUACUGAGAGGUCUCUUUGCACUGUACCUUCUAGUUUGUCCAUGCCUUACCCCAGCCUCCUGCCAUGGGGAGAACCACAAAAUAAUCCUCAUGAAGAUUAUUAUGAAGAAUUCCUUUCUGUGGAGAAAAUACUUUUACCACUCUGUCAGAUCGUGUAGCAUUUUCUGCCUACACAAUGUGCUGAAAAGUGGUGAUGCCCAUAUGGCUCGCAACCAAAAUAAAUGAGAAAACCUUUUUGUGUGAUAUCAAAUCAGUUAACAGGCACUGAGGAAUUUCUCUAUGAAUUGCAAAAUUUUAAAGGUUAUCAAAGCCAUUUAAUGAUGGCCUCACUGAGCUCCUGGAGAAGUUAAAGUUUCUGUUCAGUUUCAAGGGAGCAGACUUAAUGUCCCCACUGAGAGUUCCUGCAGAGCUCCAUCUCUUUGUGCCCGUAUUUGUUACUGAUAUGCCUUGGAUUAGACUCUUAUCUGAUGCUCUGUUUCUCUUGGGGAGCUUUUAAGGACUGCAGUUAAAGGAAAGUGAGAGAAGUAUAAACCUAAAAAGCGAGCACAGCUUGAGGUUGUCCUUAGUGUGAGCACUGGAGGUAAAUGACCAUUUCCUGUGAGUCUGAAUUGGUGCUUUCCCUUUCUGACCUCCCCUGGGACUGCAGCACAGGGCAGACUGGGCUCCUGGCUCCUGCUCAACUCAAAUAUGGGUUUAUAUUAAAAAGCAAAACCAGGCGACACUGAGAUUAGCUCCAAAACUGAGUUCAUCUCCUGUGGUUUGCUGAGAUCUGACUCACUUUAGUAUUAUUUAGAAGGAAAAUGGUGCAGUAUUUUUGAGGAUUGAUACCUCUAUCCCUGUUUUUGGAAGGGAGACAGAGGCUGAGGAUGAAGUUCUGUAAAUUUUGCCUGUGACUUCAGUGGAGCUGAAAAUUCACCACUAUUACAAUAUUAUUUAAUAUAUUGUAAUUGACAAUUACUGAAUUUAGAGAUAUUUAACUUAGCACAAACUAUUUUAUAAAAGUUUUUUUUUUGUGUGUAGCUGGUUUGUGAGAGUCCAUCUCCAAUGUAAGGUUGCCUUGUUCUGUCAUCUGUUGAUAAAUGAGCAUAAAAUGGUGGCAAGAAAAUGCAGAGUUGUGACCAGUGCUAAAAAAUGCCAUUUUUUGUUUUAGUUGGAAAGAAAUGGGAAGCUUACACAUGUCCAGCAUCAACACGUGUCAGUAAAUUCAAGAACCUGCAUGUUGAGUUUGUAAUUGCUUUUUAGCAGGCCUGUUUGACUUGCAAGUGUAGAAAAUAAAGUUGUUUCCAGUCUCUGUGAA